UCCAGCGCCCAUGUGGGACGGGUCCCAGCCACCUGUAAUUCCAGCUCCAGGGGAUCUGCCACCCUCGUCUGGCCUCCUCCAGUACUGCAUGCAGUACACAAGGGUCUGGAUCCCUGACCCAGAUGAAGUGUGGCGUUCGGCUGAGCUAACCAAGGACUACAAGGAGGGGGAUAAGAGCCUGCAGCUCAGACUGGAAGAUGACACAAUUCUGGAAUACCCAAUCGAUGUCCAGAAAAACCAGGUGCCGUUCUUACGGAAUCCAGAUAUCUUAGUUGGGGAAAAUGACCUGACUGCCCUCAGUCAUCUCCAUGAGCCUGCCGUUCUGCAUAACUUAAAGGUCCGUUUCCUGGAGUCCAACCACAUCUACACUUAUUGUGGUAUCGUGCUUGUGGCCAUCAAUCCAUAUGAGCAGCUGCCAAUCUAUGGACAAGAUGUCAUCUAUGCCUACAGUGGCCAAAAUAUGGGUGACAUGGACCCCCACAUCUUUGCUGUGGCAGAAGAAGCCUACAAGCAGAUGGCCAGAGAUGAAAAGAACCAAUCCAUCAUAGUCAGCGGAGAGUCUGGAGCAGGGAAGACGGUGUCAGCCAAGUAUGCCAUGCGCUAUUUUGCCACGGUUGGUGGCUCAGCCAGUGAUACCAACAUUGAAGAGAAGGUCCUGGCAUCCAGUCCCAUCAUGGAGGCUAUCGGGAAUGCCAAGACCACUCGCAACGACAAUAGCAGCCGCUUUGGGAAGUUCAUUGAGAUUGGCUUUGAUAAAAAAUACCACAUCAUUGGGGCCAACAUGAGGACCUACUUGCUGGAGAAGUCUAGGGUGGUCUUUCAGGCAGAAGAUGAGAGGAACUACCACAUCUUUUACCAGCUCUGCGCUGCUGCCAGCCUUCCUGAAUUUAAAGAACUCUCUCUAACAUGUGCAGAGGACUUUCUCUAUACAUCCCACGGAGGAAGCACGACCAUCGAGGGUGUCGAUGACGCAGAGGACUUUGAGAAGACACGGCAAGCCCUCACGCUCCUUGGAGUGCGGGAGUCCCAUCAAAUAAGCAUCUUUAAGAUAAUUGCUUCCAUCUUGCAUCUUGGAAGUGUGGAGAUUCAGUCAGAGCGUGAUGGGGAUUCCUGCAGCAUACCACCGCAGGAUGAACACUUGAGCAACUUCUGCCGCCUUCUGGGAGUAGAGCACAGUCAGAUGGAGCACUGGCUGUGCCAUCGCAAGUUGGUCACCACCUCGGAGACCUACGUCAAGACCAUGAGCCUGCAGCAGGUGGUCAACGCACGCAACGCUCUGGCUAAGCACAUCUAUGCCCAGCUGUUCUCCUGGAUUGUGGAGCACAUCAACAAGGCCCUGCACUCCUCCCUGAAGCAGCACUCCUUCAUCGGGGUCCUGGAUAUCUACGGGUUUGAGACCUUCGAGAUUAACAGCUUCGAGCAGUUUUGUAUCAACUAUGCCAAUGAAAAGCUCCAGCAACAGUUCAAUUCGCAUGUGUUCAAGCUGGAGCAAGAAGAAUACAUGAAGGAGCAGAUCCCGUGGACCUUGAUUGAUUUUUAUGAUAACCAACCUUGUAUCGACCUCAUAGAAGCAAAGCUGGGUAUCCUGGACCUGUUGGACGAAGAGUGUAAGGUCCCCAAAGGAACUGAUCAGAACUGGGCCCAGAAGCUCUAUGAACGGCACUCCAGCAGCCAGCACUUCCAGAAACCACGCAUGUCCAACACAGCCUUCAUUGUCGUCCACUUCGCAGACAAGGUGGAGUACCUUUCCGAUGGCUUUCUGGAGAAAAAUAGGGAUACGGUCUAUGAAGAACAGAUCAACAUCCUGAAAGCCAGCAAGUUCCCACUAGUGGCUGACUUGUUCCAUGAUGACAAGGACUCUGUUCCUGCCACCAGCACAGCUAAGAAUCGAUCAACUUCAAAGAUCAACAUUCGCUCCUCCAGACCCCCCAUGAAGGUCUCCAACAAGGAGCAUAAGAAAUCUGUGGGCUACCAGUUCCGCACUUCCCUAAAUCUCCUAAUGGAGACCCUGAAUGCCACAACGCCACACUACGUGCGAUGCAUCAAGCCCAAUGAUGAAAAGCUUCCCUUCCACUUCGACCCAAAGAGAGCCGUGCAGCAGCUCAGAGCCUGCGGAGUGUUGGAAACCAUUCGGAUCAGCGCAGCAGGCUACCCGUCCAGGUGGACCUACCAUGACUUCUUCAACCGCUAUCGGGUGUUGAUGAAGAAGAGAGAGCUUGCCAACACCGACAAGAAGAGCAUCUGCAAGUCUGUGCUGGAGAGUCUCAUCAAGGAUCCAGACAAGUUCCAGUUUGGCCGCACCAAGAUCUUCUUCCGGGCAGGCCAGGUGGCCUACUUGGAGAAGCUGCGGGCAGACAAGUUCCGGGAAGCCACUAUCAUGAUCCAGAAGACAGUCAGGGGCUGGCUGCAGAAGCUGAAAUAUCGUAGGCUGAAGGCAGCUACCUUAACCCUGCAGAGGUUCUACAGAGGACACCUGGCUCGCAGGCUGGCUGAGCACCUGCGGAGAACCCGUGCAGCCAUAGUGUUCCAGAAGCAGUACCGGAUGCAGAGGGCCCGCCAGGCCUACCAGAGAGUCUGCAGGGCUGCGGUCAUCAUCCAGUCUUUCACGCGAGCCAUGUUUGUGCGAAGAAACUACUGCCAGGUCCUCAAGGAGCAUAAAGCCACCAUCAUCCAGAAGUAUGCACGGGGCUGGAUGGCACGUAGACAUUUCCAGAGGCAGCGGGAUGCAGCCAUUGUCAUCCAGUGUGCCUUCCGGAGGCUCAAGGCCAAGCAGGAGCUGAAGGCCCUCAAGAUUGAGGCCCGCUCUGCAGAGCAUCUGAAACGUCUCAAUGUGGGCAUGGAGAACAAAGUCGUCCAGCUACAGCGGAAGAUUGAUGACCAGAACAAAGAGUUCAAGACUCUGUCGGAGCAGUUGUCGGUGGUCACCUCCACACAUGCCAUGGAGGUGGAGAAGCUGAAGAGGGAGCUGGCACAUUACCAGCAGAACCAGGAGGCCGAUACCAGCCUGCAGCUGCAGGAGGAGGUGCAGAGCCUGCGCACUGAACUACAGAGGGCUCAGUCAGAGCGGAAGGUCCUAGAAGAUGCCCACAGCAGGGAGAAUAACGAGCUGAGAAAGCGAGUUGCAGAUCUGGAACAUGAAAAUGCUCUCUUGAAGGAUGAGAAGGAACACCUCAAUAACCAAAUCCUACGCCAAUCCAAAGCUGAAUUUUCCCAGAGCUCUGUGGAGGAGAGCCUCCUGAUGAAGAAGGAGCUGGAGGAGGAGAGGUCCAGGUACCAGAACCUCGUGAAGGAAUACUCUCGGCUGGAGCAGAGAUAUGAGAACCUGCGAGACGAGCAAACUCCGGGCCACAGGAAGAACCCCUCAAAUCAAAGUAGUUUAGAAUCGGACUCCAAUUACCCCUCCAUUUCCACUUCUGAGAUUGGAGACACCGAGGAUGCCCUUCAGCAAGUGGAGGAGAUUGGUGUAGAGAAGGCAGCGAUGGACAUGAGCGUCUUCCUGAAGCUUCAGAAGAGAGUGCGGGAACUGGAGCAGGAGAGGAAGAAGCUUCAGCUGCAGCUAGAAAAGGAGCAACAGGACAGCAAGAAAGUGCAGAUGGAACAGCAGAACAAUGGCAUAGAUGUGGACCACGAUGCGGAUCUGGCUUACAACAGUCUGAAGAGACAAGAGCUUGAGUCAGAGAAUAAGAAACUGAAGAACGACCUGAAUGAGCUGAGGAAAGCUGUCGCUGACCAAGCCAUGCAGGACAACUCCACCCAUAGCUCUCCGGACAGCUACAGCCUCCUGUUGAACCAGCUCAAGCUGGCCAAUGAGGAGCUGGAGGUCCGCAAAGAGGAGGUGCUGAUCCUCAGGACCCAGAUCAUGAACGCUGACCAGCGCCGAUUGGCUGGCAAGAACAUGGAGCCAAACAUCAAUGCCAGAACAAGCUGGCCCAACAGUGAAAAGCAUGUGGACCAGGAAGAUGCCAUUGAGGCCUAUCAUGGGGUCUGCCAGACAAACAGGUUGCUGGAGGCACAGCUGCAGGCCCAGAGCCUGGAGCACGAGGAGGAAGUGGAACGUCUCAAGACCCAGGUGGAAACCCUGAAGGAGGAGAUGGACAAGCAGCAGCAGACCUUCUGCCAGACCCUGCUGCUCUCCCCAGAGGCCCAGGUGGAAUUCGGCGUCCAGCAGGAGAUAUCUCGGCUCACCAAUGAGAACCUGGAUUUUAAAGAAUUGAUAGAAAAACUGGAAAAGAAUGAGAGGAAGCUGAAAAAGCAGCUGAAGAUUUACAUGAAGAAGGUCCAGGACUUAGAAGCUGCCCAGGCAUUGGCACAGAGUGACAGGAGGCACCAUGAACUCACAAGACAGGUCACGGUCCAGCGAAAGGAGAAAGACUUCCAAGGCAUGCUGGAGUACCACAAAGAGGACGAGGCUCUCCUCAUCCGGAACCUGGUGACAGACCUGAAGCCCCAUAUGCUGUCGGGCACCGUGCCCUGUCUGCCUGCAUAUAUCCUCUACAUGUGUGUUAGGCAUGCGGAUUACACCAACGAUGACCUCAAGGUACACUCGCUGCUGAGCUCCACCAUCAAUGGCAUUAAGAAAGUCCUCAAGAAGCACAAUGAUAACUUUGAGAUGACAUCCUUCUGGUUAUCCAACGCCUGCCGCUUCCUUCACUGUCUGAAGCAGUACAGUGGGGACGAGGGCUUCAUGACACAGAACACCCCGAAGCAGAAUGAGCACUGCCUCAAGAACUUUGACCUCACUGAAUAUCGGCAGGUGCUAAGCGAUCUUUCCAUUCAGAUCUAUCAGCAGCUCAUUAAAAUUGCCGAGGGCUUGUUACAACCGAUGAUAGUUUCUGCCAUGUUGGAAAACGAGAGUAUCCAGGGGCUAUCUGGUGUGAGGCCAACCGGUUACCGGAAGCGCUCCUCCAGCAUGGUAGAUGGAGAGAACUCCUACUGCCUGGAGGCCAUCAUCCGCCAGAUGAAUUCAUUUCAUGCUGUCAUGUGUGACCAGGGCUUGGACCCUGAGAUUAUCCUUCAGGUCUUCAAGCAGCUCUUCUACGUGAUCAACGCCGUGACCCUUAACAACCUGCUCCUGCGGAAAGAUGCCUGCUCUUGGAGCACAGGCAUGCAGCUCAGGUAUAACAUAAGUCAACUUGAAGAGUGGCUUCGAGGGAAAAACCUUCACCAGAGCGGAGCAGUGCAGAUCAUGGAGCCUUUGAUCCAGGCGGCCCAGCUCCUCCAGCUGAAGAAGAAAACCCAGGAGGAUGCUGAAGCCAUCUGCUCUCUGUGUACCUCCCUCAGCACCCAGCAGAUUGUCAAAAUUUUAAACCUUUACACUCCCUUGAAUGAAUUUGAAGAGCGGGUGACAGUGUCCUUUAUACGAACAAUCCAGGCCCAACUACAAGAGAGGAAUGACCCUCAGCAGCUCCUGCUGGACUCCAAACACAUGUUUCCUGUUCUCUUUCCAUUUAAUCCAUCUUCUCUGACCAUGGACUCAAUCCACAUCCCAGCAUGCCUCAACCUGGAGUUUCUCAAUGAAGUCUGAGGAUGCGUGCUUCCAAGGCAAACAAGGAAGCACAUGCAAUCAGCUGAGAGAAUUCUAGAUCAAUAUGCCCAAAGUAGAUCAAACCAGAGGUAGAGAACCCGUGGAGAGUACCGAACUAAACGAAGUGACGCACACUGUCAUUAGUUUUUGUAUAUGCUGCUCGGAAUAAAACACUUGAAUGUGGAAGACUGUUAGAGUCUGACUUCAGUUCAAACAAAGGCAUGUCCAAAUGAACAGCGCCACGUAGCUCCAGUUGUCAGCUCCAGAGUAGAAGUGCCUAGCUGCGAUCUUUGUGUGUAACUGGAGAAUGUCCACAUUAAGAUAAUAUUAAAAAUAAUGACGUAAA